AUGGGCACGCAAGGUUUUGAAUUUUCGACUACGACAAUGAACUCCACUAUUGCACCACCAACACCAACCACAGCAAUACCUAAAAACUCAACGACCGCAACUAUUUCUACCUCUUCAACAGCAACCGGAUCAGAAAUAACGGCUAUCACAGCGACAUCAGCCGCAACGGAUUCAACUUCUAAUCCCAAUACUCCCAUUAAUAAUAAUCACACGAAUACCAACAGUACCGCCAUAAUAACAUCAGACACUAUAAAUUCGACACUCAUACUUUCACCCACGACUGCUACAACUACUCCCGUUCAAGCGCCUGCUAGUAUUGUAAAUAGUAAUAAUGACAGCAGUAAAAUUACAAGCAAUACAACUACGGCGCCAAAUACAGCAUGGGGUGGUGGUGUCCCUGCAAUUGUGGAUUCAUAUCAAAAUUCUACGAUAUUGGUCCCUCAACUAAUGGCAUUACCGCAGACUUCAUCUGUCGGUGCUGAGGCAUCGACAGAAAUACAAAGAACAACUCCUGGUGAGCUUGCCACUUUAAUAGCACCAAAUCAGCAAGAUGUAAUCGUUAUCGCUUCAUCUGAUGCGAGCACAAAUUUAGCUAUAACCCCCUCUCAACAAAUUUUGCCUUCUUUGCCUCCAGUUUUAUCCAAUUCACAACAACCCAUGCAGAUUGUUGAAACGAUAUCGUUGAUUGAAAAUCCUGCAACCGAGGUGAAUAAUCAAAAUCCUUCCUCAAUAGUUCAAGCUGUGAUCACAACGAAUGGACAACAAGACGAGGCUAUUUCGCAAGAAAAUGCAAGCUUAGAACUUAAAAUAGCAACCAACAAUUAUUUGGCAGCUCAACUUUCGCAGGGUAAUAAUCCGCAAUUUGCUCAAGAGAUUCAAGAUGUUGAGAUGACGAAUGCUCCAGUUUUACAAGGGCAAACUGCUCAAGUUCAACCUGGGAUAAUACCAGCUACUACACAGGAGCAAGCUCAACCUGCUGUGCAAGCUGUUACGCAGACGCACGUUGCAGCAGAGAUGGUCCAAGCCGUUGCACCAAGUGGGAUAGUACAGGAAAUCAUACAAGCUCAAGUACAUCAAGCACAACAGGCUGCUGAACUUGUAGCUCAGCUUGACGAAGAAGUAAAGGCCAGAAAGGCUGCAAAGGCCCAAGUACAGGCAAACAUAGCACAAGGAAAUAAUGAUGUUAACUUGGAACAAGUGAACGAGGCAGUGAAGAUUGCCGAAGCGAGAAAACUGCGUUGCCAACAAAUUGCAUCUGACUAUCAAACUGCUGCUCUUAACGCUGUAUCAACUGUGACUACCGCGCCCGAGACAAUACUAGCUACAGCGGCUGCCGUAACUGUCAAUCAACCACAGUUAGAAGAACUAAUCGACACAAAUCCGAUAGUAAAAGCAGCUAUAAUAACAACGAAUCAAAAUUUAAUGAAUGCUGUAGCUAGCUCGUCAGUUCCCGUUAUGGAUAAUGGGACGAGUGUUCCACCGUUGACGAUAUUGGAUGCUCAUCAACCAAAUCUUGUCCAAAUAUUGACACCUAUUGUACCGAAUACCGCCAGUCAGAUAACGAUUGUUAAUGUCGACGAGGGUACACGACGAAAUUCGAUUUCUUCGAAUUCUACUCAGUCUUCAUCUGGUUUAAGUCUAUCACCAAUGACCGCAUCUACUACGCCAAAUUUACCUCCAAUCAAUAAUACAAAUAUAGGGAUGCCAACGAUAUUUAAUGUUGGCGGACCAACAACAAUGGUGAUGAAUAAUAAUAAUAUAUUAGGAGUAUCAAAUCAUAUAAAGAUCUUCACUGAACCUGCUCCACCUCUACAGUUAGAUGUCCAAUCGACGCAGCAACAAUUGGAACAACAAGCUCAACAAGAACUUCAGUUAAAAAUACAACAGCAAGAAGUUCAAGAACAACAAAAAAUAAAACACGUUGAAACUAUGGCUGAAGUAUCAUCUACGAUUCAAACGAUCAAUAAUAUUAUUCCGUAUGAAAUAAUUGAACAACAACCAACUAUUGAAUCUCCAUCAAAGGCUAACGUAAUAUCCGAGGAUAAUUCAUCAGGAGGUCCUCGUAUAAAACUCGAACAUGAACAUGCUGCUGAUUCUUUAGUGGAAUCGUCAAAAAGUGCAGUAUCACGACUGUUAAUAAAUAAUUCUGACGAAUCAGAACGUCGAAAUAUGUUAUUGAAAUUGGCUGAAGUCGAUUAUAGAGAUUGGAGUGACGACUCUCUGCGUGAAGAAUUAGAAAAACGCGAAAAACAUCCUAUAGCUGCUGCCUCUAUGGGUGGUAGAAAUCGCGAUGAACGUUCUGCGAAAGGAAGGUCAACUCAGAUGACGACGACGACUAGUGAUUCCGAAGAUGACCAAGAAUCGAUACCUUCACGUGCUGAUUCCAUGGAAGAUAUCAAAAUUGAGCCAACUAGAUGUGGCAAAGCAUAUUAUCAUUCUCGAUCGUUGAGAAAACACGAGAAAACUCAUGAUAUAAGACCACAUCCUCAUCCUUUACCCGCUGUUCACCACGCGGUACAUCCAAUUCCAAAUAAUGGAAUGCAUAUAAAUUUUGCAUCACCACAAGGCUCGAUGCAGUAUGAUAAUUCAUCAGCAAAUGACCCGCGAGAUAUGAGAUCACCUGUUUCGCAUACCUCACCCGCACUUCAUCGUCAUACACAAUUGCCAUCCGUUCAUCAUAUACAGUCUCCGCCUGCUGGUAAUAGUCCAUUCAAUAUUGGUCCACCACCAUUAUUAUCACAAAAUCAUACACAGCCACAGCCGCCACGGUAUCAUCCUUAUAACCAAAAUAACAUGCCUCAUCGUCCAGAAUUAGUGCAUAAUUGUAAUUCAUAUGAUGAUAGGUCACCACCCCCACAUCAUACUCAACAGUCGACAUCGUCGACAACCGGCUCAUUUUUCACAUCAACCCCACCACAACAUAAUAGACAUCACGGAAAUAAUUAA